UCCAAUGCGCCCACAAAAGACAUCAGCUUUGAAAUGGUACUGGAGAGUACCAGCUCAUUGCUCCACGAGGGUUGCGCGAAGGAGUUUCGAAACAACUGGUAGGACGUACAGUAGACGGCACCGCUUCUUUUUAGAAUAAAAGUACGAACAGAACGAGAGAGCAUGAAGUAAAGAGGAAACAUAUAAAACAUCGGACAACGGGAAGACUCUGUUUUUUAUUGUGUCCCGACCGAAUUCGAAACUGCUACCGCGCAAGCUGUCAAAGACAGCCUUAACUUUUACGUUGCUUUGAAUGGAAUUCUUAGCAUGUACUUUAUCGGAUUGUUGGUUGCCUAGGGGGAGAGGUGACACCAUCUCUCUGUUAUUAUUGCAUUGUUAAGUUGCAUUGUAAUUUUAAUUUCUUAAAGGCAUGUUGUAGAGCAUGAAAAGCGCUUUAGUAAAUUGUCGAGUAGGGUAUGUUCUCAGUAGCUUACACUUUGUUUGGAUUUUGAACUAGUUUUUUUUAAAAAAAAUAUUUUUUACAAAUAUAAGUGCAAACUCGAUCGAUUGGUACAUUUUCUGUAGCCUGUUUCAAUAUAGAACAACAACAAGCGAGUCCAAGCCGAGACUGAAUAGGUGAAUACAGUUGGACCGAGAGAACACCAGCAUCUCCCGGGAUGGUGCGCUUGCUGAACUGUCUCUUACUGGGGUACUUUACAUGGCACAUGCGGAUAUCCGACGCACAGGGAGAGUACUGCCACGGCUGGCUGGACAGCAAUGGGAAUUACCAAGAAGGAUUUCAAUGUCCAGAGGACUUUGACACCAUGGACGCGACCGUAUGCUGUGGCUCCUGCUCCCUCCGAUACUGCUGCGCGGCUGUGGACGCAAGACUGGACCAGGGGAGUUGUACAAAUGACAGAGAACUAGAGGACACUGAGUUUGCUGCACAGCCGAUCUACGUGCCCUUCCUGAUGGUGGGCUCCAUCUUCGUGGCGUUCGUGGUGGUGGGCUCCCUGGUGGCGGUGUACUGCUGCACCUGCCUGCGGCCCAAGCAGCCGGCGCAGCCGCCGAUCCGGUUCUCGCUGCGCAGCUGCCAGGGCGAGACCAUCCCCAUGAUCCUGACGGUGGCCCCGCCCAGCCAGCGCACGCCCUCCCGCCAGUCCAGCACCGCCACCACCAGCUCCGGCUCGGCGGGCGGCGGCGGGUCGGUGCGCCGCUUCUCCCUGGGGCGGACCGACGCUGGCGCGUCGCCGGGGCAACAGCAGCAGCAGCAGCAGCAGCAGCACGGGUGCCUGGUCUCUGCUGGCCCCCCCACCCCCUCGCAGGCUCAGCCGCAGCCCGCCCUCCUGCCGCCCCCGCCGCCACCUUACGCCACCCCGCCCUGCGGGCAGGGCGCCCUGUCCCACUCCCACACCCACACCCACUCCCAUGCCCACGCCCACGCCCACGCCCACGCCCAGCUGCAGCUCCACCAGCCCCUGCACUCCGGCCCUGGCGGCGCAUUCCUCCUGCCCCAGCAGUACUUCCCCUACCCCCUCCAGCCCGAGCCCUUCUCCGGCGGGAAAGGCUUCGCCGACUUCGGGCAGAGCUGACCGCCAUCGGUGGACGGGACCGGGGGGAGAAAAGGACCCGUCCUCUGGAAGCCUCCUCCUGGACGGGGCGCAGAAGAGGGGUCGGGAGGCGCUGGCUGCUUUCGUUGACAGAAGAGGAGCCGGAAGGAGGACGGGGUCGUCUCAGAGUGUCCUGGGGCGGACUUUCCCUGUUUAUAGCAUAUAGACGGGGGGUGGGGGGAGAAUUCUGUGCCCAACGCAAACGCAGGCUAGUGAGUCGAUUAGCAGGUACUGAAGAAAAGGAGGUUGAUGGAAGCUCAGUACUGCAGAUGAGGUGUCCCAGAGGAUUCUGCGAAAAAGAUGGACCCAUUGCAAGUAGGAGUUGGCACAGGGCACCAGAGACUGAGCAAUUGAACGAUUGUUUCUAUGGAGAGGGCUGCUUUUCAGAGGGAUCUCCAUUCGUAAUAUCCUUCUAAUGUACAGUACCACAUGCACCUUUUCCACAUUCUGUAAACAGGAUCUGCAGUCCCACUUCUGCACGGUUGGCCUGAAUUUCAACACAGGAAAACAGCAG